AUGGGUAAAACCAUAGACUCCGACAGUAAGCAGGCGCUGCUGCUGCAGCCUGCGGCCUCCAUGUCUCCAGAACCCUCUCCACGCAGCAGCAGCAGCAGUAGCAGCAGUAGCAACAGCAGCAGCAACAGCAGCGGCAACAGCAGCAACAAUAAGAAGAAUAACAAUAAGAAUAACAACAGAAACAACAAAAACAAUAACAGCAGCAGUAGCAGCAGCAGCAGCAUAAAUAACACCGGCACAACCAGCACGAGCAGCAAUAACGGCAGCAGCAUCAGCAGCAUCAUCAACAGCAGCAACAACAACAACAACAGCAGCAGCAACAAGAACAAGAACAAGAACAGCAGCAGCAGCAGCGAGUCUGCAACAUUAUUAUCUGGUGUACGUGAGGGUUUAUUAAACAGUGCAAGUAUACGUGAUUUAAUGUCUCCUCCUCCUGCAGCAGCAGCAGGAGCAGCAGGAGCAGCAGGAGGAGGAGGCCACCACGCUCCCCCCCCGCACCUCCAUCACCACCAAUCCGAACAGCAGCAGCAACAACAACAACUGCAGCAACAACAACAACAACAGCAACAGCAGCAGCAGCAGCAGGAGCAGGAGCAGCAGCAGCAUGAGGAGGAAGAAUCAUCAUCAGCAGCAAGCUUAUUACGUGGUUAUAUGUAUGGACAAUUAGCAAAUGUAACAAAGGCAGCAGUAUGCCAACAGGUAGGGGUGUCCCUUACUGACAUAAUAAGAGAUAGAUUUAUUAAUAUACAUAGAAAAGCAUUUGAUGUAUCCUUUGUAUUAUUUACUGCACCUAUUGCUUUCUUCCUUCUUCUCUUAUGGGGAGGGAGCACGACCACCAGCAGCAACAGCAGCACCACCAGCAGCAGCAACAGCACCACCACCAGCAGCAACGGUCUUCUUGGUCAUGUUGCAGCUGCAGGAGCUACAGCUGUAGGAGCUACAACAGCAGGAACUGCAGCAGCAGAUAUUAAUUUGCUGCAACAAUUCAAGUUCGAGGUACAAUACUCCCCUAGGGAGCAGCUGCUGCAUUUGCUGCAGUUUGUUCAGCAGCAACUGCAGCAAAUACAGCAGCUGCUGCUGUCUCGUCCUCAAUAUGUCUCUCGUUUAGCUCUUAUUUUGUCUCUUGCUUUUCUCUUCUUUGUCCUUUCUGCUGUCUCCCUCUUCUUUUAUUCCUGCGGUAUACGCAGCAACAGAUCACAAUCAUCAUCAGCAGCAGCAGAAGCAGCAGCAGCAGCAGCAGCAGCAGGAGUGGAGGAUCAUGAAGGGUCUCACCAUCAGCAGCAUCAGCAGCAUCUAAAUCGUCAUCUGUAUGGAGACAACAGCGGAUUAUUGAGUUCAUGGGGUACAAAUCCAUCUGGUGGCACGUCUGCUGCUGCUGCAGCAGCAGCAGCGGCAGCAGCAGCAGCAGCAGCAGCAGCAGCGGGUUCUGAGGGUUUAGGAGAUAGCCUGUUUAGUGAGGAUUCUUUAUCUGAUGACAGCACAGGAGACAGUGUCUGUCUCCUCUUUACUGCUUAUGGUCUCUUUACAGCAGCAAUAGGCCCCCGUCUUAUCCUAGACCCUCCCGAUACACCUCAACAAACCCUAAACCCUCAUGAACAGUUCGAGGUGUCUCUUCAUCUACCUGCAGACACCCAUCAUCAAUACUUGAGGGAGGGGGGGACACCCUUACAGGGCCCGAUACAAGAGGGUAGUUGGGUCGGGGGGGCUCACCCUUCUACCUUGCAUGCUGAUGCAGGUGGGGCAACAGGCGGCGGGGCCCCUUUCCUUGUGUACCUCAAGGGUUUGUCUAAACUCAUCAAGUUGGACUUUGAGGGUUUAGGGGGUAGGGUUUGGGUGGAGGAGGGCCUUAUUUGUUUUUUCCCUCCAAUACAACUGCCGUCUUGUUAA